AUGUUCAACUUCAGAAGCAUUCUGAAGAUACUCCAGUUCCUGAAAUUACUAAUUUUUUAUUUUUUUGAGCAAUUAAUCCUAUUCAUAUUUCCUCUACGCAAAAAGUCUUUUGCUGGGGAAAUUGUGCUUAUUACUGGCUCUGCAAAUGGGAUCGGAAGGCAGAUUGCCUUAAAAUUUGCUCCUUCAGGAGCAACCUUGGUUCUUUGGGAUAUUGAUGAUGAAAACAACCAAGAAACAAAAAGAUUAGCUGAACAAAAUGGAGCUAAACGAGUAUUUGCCUACCACUGUGACUGCAGCAAUAGGGAGGACGUCUAUAAACAAGCAGACAAGGUUAGAGAAGAAGUUGGAGAUGUUACUAUUCUAAUCAAUAACGCUGGCAUAUUACUUGGGAAAAAGUUCCUUGACAUUCCAGAUGCAGAUUUUGAAAAGACCUUAAGAACCAACUUCUUCUCUCAAGUCUGGACUUGCAAGGCCUUUCUGCCAGCCAUGAUGACCUAUAACCAUGGACAUCUGGUUAGCACAGACAAAUCAUUUGGGUUGGAAGGAAUGUCUGGAGAUUAUUCUGCAAGUAAAUUUGCAAUCAUGGGAAUGAUGGAAGCCAUAGAUUGGGAACUGUGUUGUGCAGGAAAACAUGGUGUUAAAAUCACAAUCGUUUGCCCUUAUUUUGUUCAUACUGCAUUAGCUAAAGGUUUUCAAAGCCAGUACCCCCUUUUACUUCCUGUUUAUGAUCCAGACUAUGUAGCCAGUAGGAUCAUGGAUGCAAUUCAAAAGGACAAGUUUUAUCUAAUGAUGCCUCCAACUUUACGCUUUGUUGGUCUCAAAAAUCUCAUUCCUAGAAAAAUACUACUCCUCUUCACAUCAUGCCUUAAGGUUGCUGACAGCUUGGAUAAAGCCUUUGGUCAGAAGAAAACAAUUGAAUCCAAAACAUUCUGA